AUUAAAUUUAUUCUUAUGUGUUAUUUGUGAGGAAAUUUUUAAAAAGAAAAAAGCGGAACGGUUGUUGGGUCGGUCGGUUUCUUGUUCUUUUUUUAAUAACCCUUCUUAUCUCGUAUCUAGCGCUGAGUUUUUGUUUUACAACAACAACAGACGCAUCGCAUCGGAUCGGAUCUGAAUCUCCAUGGCAAACGAACAUGAACAUGGAAUUCUGGGGUUUGUGGAGGAAGUAAAAUCUGUGUUUCAUGGUAAGAGGGAAGAGUAUGAAGAGUUUAUAAAAGACAUAGAUGCUUUUAAGACCCUGAUGAAUGAUCAUCGAAUCACCAGACUUCCAGUUCAAAAUUUCAAAGGAAGGAUGAAAAAGUUACUUAAAGGGCAUAAUCGUUUAAUUUUUGGAUUCAACGCCUACAUGAAGGAUCGUCGUAUCACACUUCCAAUUCGACAACCAGUACGAGGAGGUCAUAGUAAUGGACAAAAAAAGAAGAAGGUAGAAGAGAACUGUCAACUUCCUUGGGAUUUGCUUGACAUCAUUUUGAGGAAUCUAGAUUUUGAUGACCUCUUUCAAUUUGGUAGUGUAUGCAAAAAUUGGCGAGAAUUUCAUAAAAUUUAUUGGAGGAAUUUCAUGGCAUCCGAAGAACCAUUACUUAUCCAAUGGUGCGCUGUUAAGAGAUCUCUCAACUUCUUCAGCUUACCUCACGAUAAAGUUUAUCACUCAAAGAUGAUCAAUAACUACUUCCGAUUUGUCUAUCAUGGGUCUUCUAGCGGAUAUUUCAUCAUGACACGAAAAGAUAAUUCAUUUAUACUUAUUAAUCCAUUUACAAGAAGAAAGAUGCUAAUCAAUAACUCAGUCUUCCAAGUUAAUUUCAGUUAUUUUUCCUGCAAAGUCUUGCUUGCUUUUUCCAAAGGCUCAAAGGAAUUUGUCUUGGUGGUUUCAUGUAAAAAUUCUGAUAAUUUGCAUGUCUAUCAAUCUCGAAAUCUUUGUUGGACUGCUUAUUCGACACCACAGAAGGUUGUUGACUUUGCUGUUUUAAAUUCUAUCAUAUAUGUUGUCACUGACAAGGCCAGCAUAGGGAUACUCAGCUUGAAAUAUGCAAAUAUAAAUUUUUUAGAACUGAAGAGUACUCCUGGUGUAACUUCUAGUCGUUAUUGGUCACACGUAGGGUUGGUUAGUUGUGAUGGAUAUCUUUUAGUGCUUAAUUUUAUGUCAAAGGUAACGUAUAACGUGUACAAGAUAGACUUCUCUACCAUGGAUUAUGUCAAGUUGGAAUCUUUGGGUGACAUUGCAAUAUUUUGUGUUCCGCCGAAAAGGUAUUAUGCAUUGAGCAACCCGCACAUGUGGGGUUAUGAGAACAAUUCUAUAUAUGCCAUCGAUGUUCCAUGUGGCAAAUACAGGGUGUAUAAAGGAGAUAACAAAAAAAUGCCAGAAUUCAUUAUUCCUGGUUUUAAACGUAGUGAACUUCCACAUCCUAUUUAUUGCCGCUCAAAACAACGUUACAUAGAUUGGUGUUUUAGACAUCUACAAUAUGAGGUAGAUUAUACUCUCGUUGAGUAGCAUGCUUAUUACCCUACACUUUGGGUUGGACCUUGUUCUAUUUGUUUUUCUUUUGAUUUGCAAAUAAAUGGACAUGAUUUAAUGGUUUACGGUGUUAUUAUUGGACAAGUUUUGAGAUAGUAUAGAGGAUUUAAUGUACUUUUUCCUAACUUGUAGUUGUAGCAUUUCUUGUCGUGGAUUGUGGCACAUUGAGGAGAAGCAUAUCAUGCACCAUGAAAGUUUUGAAUAUGUUUUGACUUGGAAGAGAACCGAUUUUAUAAUAGAAUUUUGAUAUGA